UUUUUAAAAUAUGUUGCUUUACCAUUUUUUGAAAACAUAAAAACUCCAUUCACUUACUGAACUGAUAUUUCUGCUGCUGAUAGCCCGUUCCAACACCUUUUGGCUUUGAAUUGAAGCAAGAAAAGCGGUUCCUCGCGGUUUCUUAUUAACGACUUUUCUGAAGAUCCAUAAUCUGGAAAAUUUGCUGCAAGUUUGCUAGGCAGCUGCACUGUAACUUUUAGAUUUGAAGGAAGAAAAGCCAUCAGCGUCAGUUCAAAAAUAAGAAGCCAGACAUGUCUGCACUGUUCAAUUUCCAUUCGUUUCUGACAGUGGUGCUGUUGGGGAUUUGUACAUGCACAUUUGUGAAGAUGCACUUUCCAGCAAUCCUUGAACAGAGAAAUGGAUUUCGUGGUUUCUUUUGGAAGGCAGCUAGAAUAGGUGAACGUUUGAGCCCCUGGGUUGCUGUAGGAUGCUUCACGAUGGGCGUGUCGAUAAUCUUUUUCUGAGAUAGAAAUUUGUUGCCUCUGUAUGUGGAAUUUCCUUGUUUGUGGCACCGAUCAUCUCUUCGUUGGUUGUCUCAUCUUCUGCUCCAUGAUAAAGAGGAUAGCUUCUCAAAAAUGCCCUUCUGUUGCUAUAAUCUUCAUCACGGAAGCUCCUUGUCCUCAUCUCCGUCCCAUUUUCCUCCAUAUCCUUGCAAUCCAUGCUUAUGAUGUUACUGAUUGCAAAGCUGGCUUUUAUAGGAUUGCGUUGAGAAAUAAUGAGUAGGGUGGCUGGGGGAGAGGGGGAGAAUUGUCAACAGAGGGCAGGAUGAUUCUGGGAGUAGAGACAUAGGAGUACGAUUAAUUAAUUCACAGUGAAAAUGAUUUUGGGGUGUUGUAUUUGGCUUUUAAUAUAGUCCAGAUGAAUAGUCUCUCUUCAAAUAUAUUUUAUCAUUAAUAUUGCUCUUUGGUUAUGAUAUUUUGUUUGGGUG